AAAUUCUCCAACUGCCGUAACGGAAUUCUCAAAAAUCAUGGAAUCUGUCGGAUCCAAUCAAAUAUCCCCGUACGUAAGUAACCGUGACCAACGGCAUUUCUUGGCUCAACCGGUGGCAGAUAGGAUACUUCGAGCUCUCCGUCACCGGAUCCGUCUUCUCCACCGUCCUAAUGCAGGAACUUUUCACGUUCUUGGUGCAACGUGUAACGUCUACACAGUGACGCUAAUGGCCACACCUACUUGCACUUGUCCCGACCGUAAGAAGCCGUGCAAACACAUCUUGUUUGUCUUAAUCCGAGUUCUUGGAAUUCCUCUCGACGAUAAGUGUCUCAGGCAACGGAGACUCCGGACAUGCCUCCUCUUCCACCUCUUCUCUGCCCCGACACGGCCUGACUGCCUCGCCAGUUUCCGCCUCCAACAACGGUUUCUUCAGCUUUUCCCAGCCACCACUUCUCAACCCGGCUAUACUACUAACUCAUCCUCCUCCACCAGUAAAAUGGAAAAUGAGGUGGAUGAAGAGCCGGCAACAUGUCCAAUAUGUCUAGACGAUAUUAUCGCAAUAGAAAACGUAGACGGUGGAAAUGGUGGAGGGAAGGAGAAGGAAACCGCGGUGGUGAAGUGCAGAGUAUGCAAGAACAAGGUUCAUGAUGAAUGCAUGCUGGCGUGGAGAAAGAGUCGUGGACGGCGGCCGGCCAUCUGUGUGGUAUGCCGUGCACGGUGGCCAGCAAAUAGAUCGAGUAAGAAUCCUAAUGUUGGUGAUAAUAACGAGAACUGCCACGGUAAUUGUUAUUUGAAUUUAGCUCCUUACGUUGAUGAGGAAGUGGAGGAUGGGGUUGGCACGAGCCAACGGCCAUGUUGAGGAUGUUAAUUAAAGGAUUGAUUGUUAUGUGAUUGAUUAAUUGUUAAUACUAUAAUUUUAAACAAGAAAUUCGCAACUUCCGAUGCUUGGAUCACGUUGCAGAGGAGAGUGCGGGACGCAAACGCUGACACUGAAAUUCAUAUAUACAUAUCGAACGUUAAAUUAUACAUUCAUUGUUUUUCUUGGAUUGUGUAGUUACUACAUUCAGAUAUAAUGUAUACUAAUCAGGUCAACUUA